AUGGCUUCUCCCUCCCAUGGCAUCAUCGUCCUGCUAUUCUUGUUGGUCACAGCCUCAGCUUGGGAAGCAGAAAAGAGAACAUUCAUAGUGCAAGUGCAGCACGAUGCAAAGCCUUCCAUCUUCCCCACUCACAGGCACUGGUACGAGUCAUCCCUCGCCGACGGCACCUCCAUAAUCCACACCUACCAAACAGUGUUCCAGGGAUUUUCUGCAAGCCUCUCAGCCGCAGAGGUGCAGAACCUGCAGUCACUCUCCCACGUCAUAGGCCUCAUACCCGAGCAGGUGCGCCAACUCCACACCACGCGCUCCCCUCACUUCCUCGGCCUCAACACCGCCGACAGGGCUGGUUUACUUAAGGAAACCGAUUUCGGCUCUGAUCUCGUCAUAGGAGUCAUAGACACCGGCAUUUCCCCCGAAAGCCAAAGCUUCAACGACCGCGAUCUAGGCCUCCCUCCCCCCAAGUGGAAGGGUCAAUGCGUCGCCGGAAAAACCUUCCCCCCCACCUCAUGCAAUCGCAAGCUCAUCGGAGCCCGCUACUUCUGCGCCGGCUACGAAGCCACCAACGGCAAAAUGAACGAAACACUCGAGUACCGUUCUCCCAGAGACUCCGACGGUCACGGCACCCACACCGCUUCCAUCGCCGCCGGCAGGUACGUCUUCCCGGCCUCCACCAUGGGCUACGCCAAGGGAAUGGCCGCCGGCAUGGCUCCCAAGGCUCGCCUCGCCGUCUACAAGGUCUGCUGGAACGCCGGCUGCUACGACUCCGACAUCCUCGCCGCAUUCGACGCGGCCGUGGCCGACGGCGUGGACGUGGUAUCCUUGAGCGUCGGUGGCGUGGUGGUGCCCUACCACCUGGACGUCAUUGCUGUGGGGGCCUUCGGGGCAUCCGAGGCUGGCGUGUUCGUGUCAGCCUCGGCGGGGAACGGUGGUCCCGGCGGGCUGACGGUGACGAAUGUGGCACCGUGGAUGACGACUGUCGGGGCGGGAACCAUAGACAGAGAUUUCCCUGCAGAUGUUAUUCUGGGGAAUGGGAAGGUGAUUGAUGGGGUGAGUGUGUACGGUGGGCCGGGUCUGAGUCCGGGUCGGCUGUACCAGCUGGUGUAUGCGGGUUCUGACGGUUACUCUUCCUCUCUCUGCUUGGAAGAUUCGUUGGACUCCAAGUCUGUGAGAGGCAAGAUCGUUGUCUGUGACAGAGGAGUCAAUUCAAGAGCUGCCAAAGGCCAAGUCGUGAAGAAAGCCGGAGGAGUUGCCAUGAUUUUGACCAAUGGUCCCUUCGACGGAGAAGGUCUCGUCGCUGACUGCCAUGUUCUCCCCGCUACCUCCGUCGGUGCCGCUGGCGCCGACCACAUUCGCAGAUACAUCUCUUUCGCCUCACAGUUACGGUCUCCCCCCACCGCAACCAUCGUAUUCAAGGGCACAAGGCUUGGGGUUAAGCCGGCGCCAAAAGUGGCAUCUUUCUCUGCCAGAGGGCCUAAUCCGGUCUCCCCUGAGAUUCUGAAGCCCGACGUGAUUGCUCCCGGAUUGAACAUUCUUGCGGCUUGGCCUUCUACUGUUCCCCCUUCUUCCCUUCCUUCUGAUCCCCGCAGGACUGACUUCAACAUACUCUCCGGCACUUCAAUGGCCUGCCCGCACGUCUCUGGUUUGGCUGCUCUUUUGAAAGCGGCGCAUCCCGAUUGGAGUCCCGCCGCCAUCAGAUCUGCCCUCAUCACUACUGCUUACACUGUGGACAAUGGUGGAGGAGGAGGAGGAGGAGGUGGAGGAGGAAGAGUAGGAGGCACUUUGUUGGAUGAGUCCACUGGGAAUGUCUCUUCCGUGUUUGAUUAUGGGGCUGGCCAUGUUCAUCCGGAGAAGGCCAUCAACCCUGGCCUCGUUUAUGACAUCUCUACCUACGAUUAUGUCGAUUUCCUCUGCAAUUCCAACUACAGCGCUCAUGAUAUCCGAGUCAUCACCAGAAAGGGUGCAGACUGCAGUGGGGCAAAGAGGGCUGGCCACGCCGCCAAUCUCAAUUACCCUUCUUUAUCUGCCCUCUUUGAACAGUAUGGGAAGCAACAAGGCAUACUCAUGUCCACACACUUCAUUAGAACUGUCACCAAUGUUGGAGACCCCAACUCGGUUUACAGGGUCACUGUUGCAACCCCUGCGGACACCAAGGUCACGGUGGAACCGGACACGCUAGCUUUCAGGAGGUUGGGUCAGAAACUGAACUUCCUUGUUAGGGUCCAAACGAGGCAAGUGAAGCUUUCCCCCGGGAGUUCUUCUGUUAAGACUGGUUCCAUAGUUUGGUCUGAUGGCAAGCACACUAUCACCAGUCCCUUGGUUGUCUCCCUGCACCAACCUCUCUGA